AUGGCUCUGCCACCUCCAGAUCCACAGUUUGUUCUCAGGGGUACCAGUGCUGCAGUCCACACUCUGCACUUUUCCUGUGGAGGCCAAGAACCCGAUGUCCCCAUCCUUUUCUCUGGGUCCGAGAGUGGGUUUAUCCAUGUCUGGAACCUGAAAACACACAGAGUGGACACUGCACUGGAUGGCCAUGGAAGAAGAUCUGUCUACUGGGUAGAGACAAUGGAUGGUAAAGACAGGCUCCUCAGUCAGGGUCGUGACCAGAGGAUCUGCUUGUGGGAUUUAGCAGAGGGACGGACUUCAGUGACGGAUUCCGUCUUCACAGAGAAUGUGGGAUUCUGCAGGUGCUCUCUGUUAAAGGUGGCACAGGGACGCUGGCUAAUGGCCAUGGCAGCCAAAGCCCUGGAGGAGGUUCAGGUUUUGGAGCUGCCAUCCAAGACAUCAGUCUGUACCUUGAAGCCAGAGGUGGGUGCCAAGCUGGGCAUGCCCAUGUGUCUGAAGUUAUGGCAGCUCAGCUGUGGUUCACAACCUCUGCUUCUAACUGGCUAUGAAGAUGGAUCAGUGGUCCUUUGGAAUUUGUCGAUGAGAAAAGCAUUGAGCCAACUUGUUUGCCACCAGGAGCCAGUGAUGAGCCUUGACUUUGACUCGGAAACGGCCAAAGGGAUCUCAGGCUCAUCUGAAAAGGUGCUUAGCAUCUGGAGCCUCAAUGAGCAACAGAACCUCCAGGUUCACAAAACACACAAACUUGUCAACGCUGGCAUAUCUGAUAUCACCAUCCGUCCAGACAAGAAGAUUUUAGCAACAGCAGGGUGGGAUCAUCGCAUCAGGAUUUUUGGCUGGAAAACACUGAAGCCCUUAGCAGUGCUGGACUACCACACAGCAACCGUCCAUUGUGUGUCCUUCUCAGAUCACAAGAACCCCAGCGAGAGACUGCUGGCAGCUGGCUCAAAAGAUCACCGCAUCAGUAUCUGGUCAAUAUAUACUCAGACGUGACAUACUCUGCACUGUUGUGGCCCAGGAAGACAGGACUGGUGAAGCAAUUCUUUACACUGUAAUUCAAACCUGGACAUGGGGAAGUAGCAGAAUGUGUUUCCAGGCUGAAGUGAGAGUCCUAGGUUAAUUUUUAUUCUGCUUGUGCAAGCUGCAAGUUUUGUUUUCCAGAGAGGGAAGUGGAUUUUUUAAAUUUGUAACAAGCAGAGC